UUGUAACCAGCAUCUCUCCCCACACUCCUGUCAUCUGCUGCCUCUCACACAGAGGGAGGAUAUUCACUGUGACCAGCCAACAACAUGCCCACAGAUCUCUACCCAACAGGCCAGAUGCUGCCCCUCUAUCACCCAGCACUGGCCACCUGCACAAACCACAAAGGUGUCUGACUUGGAGAAGCGCUAGCUUGGAUGAAAGCCCCUCUUCAGGAUGAACGUGUGUCACUAUGAUAAGCGGAUGGACUUUUUCUACAAUCAGAGCAAAUCUCAAACAGAGGAUGAUUGGACUGGCACCAAGCUGAUUUUGUUGUUUUGUUUCGGUGCCUUCUGCUCUCUGUUUAUAUUUAUCUCUAACUUGUUGGUCAUCGCGGCCGUCGUGAUAAACAAAAGGUUCCACUACCCGUUCUAUUACUUGUUGGCCAACUUAGCAGCUGCGGACUUGUUCUCUGGGAUUGCCUAUGUUUUCAUGAUGUUCCACACGGGGCCGGUGUCCAAAACGCUCACUGUUCAUCGAUGGUUCCUGCGGCAGGGCCUUUUGGAUACUAGCAUGACCGCAUCACUAGCGAAUCUCCUGGUUAUUGCUGUUGAGAGGCACAUAUCCAUUGUGCGAAUGAGAAUCCAUACCAACCUAACCAAAAGGAGGGUGACAUGUCUCAUUCUGCUCAUCUGGGGUGUUGCUAUUUUUAUGGGUGCUGUUCCCACGUUGGGCUGGAACUGUAUUUGUGACAUCACCACGUGCUCCUCCCUUGCACCCAUCUACAGCCGGAGUUAUCUCAUUUUUUGGACUGUCUCUAAUUUGGUAGUUUUUCUAAUCAUGGUGGUGGUCUACCUGAGAAUUUACAUGUACGUGCAGAGGAAGACCAACGUCUUGUCUUCACAUACCACUGGCUCAAUAAGCCGAAGACGGACUCCAAUAAAGUUAAUGAAGACAGUCAUGACUGUGUUAGGUGCAUUUGUAGUUUGCUGGACUCCAGGGAUGGUGGUCUUGCUGCUGGACGGUCUCAACUGCACCCAGUGUAGACUCCAACAGGUGAAACGGUGGUUCCUUCUGCUCGCCCUGAUGAACUCCGUCAUGAACCCCAUUAUCUACUCCUACAAGGACGAGGAGAUGUGGAGGACUUUUAAAGGAAUGAUGUGCUGCACCUUUUACAGCGGGAGGCGGCGCAGCUCACGGUUUCCAUCCACGGUUAACAGCACGCGGAGCAACGACACGACCACGAGUCAUUACUUGGAGGAAAUCGGCGGCCAGUCUUCGACCAUAAAUGCCUAAUUACAAAAAUAGAAUGCAAUGUCUACAGGAACUAGAACUGAAACAUAUGUUAUUUAUGGCCGUAGAAGAAACUUACCACAUAGAAACCUU